AUGUCCGAGAUGGAUUUUGAACACUUCCCCUUCCUAAACCACGAGGAAUUCUCCGAGGCUUGCCACCAUUUCGAAAGCCAGUAUUGCCGCGCAGAGCUUGGCCCUCUCCGGAAGCGUUGGAAGCUCAGGCUGUGUGCCGCGCUGGAUACCACCUUUUCCACCCAUGGACCGUACGCGACAUACCUUCAAAUAUCCCGUCCACUGGAGCGCAUCCUGGACCAUCCUGACCUCUCCCUGGGCCUCGGCAAGUUGACUUUCUCGGAGAAGGAUGGUCGAGACGCCAUAAUCAAGGCCGACGAUGGCAUGAUGGAUGCCGAGGAGGCCGACUCGGCUGUAGUCAUUCACCAUCUGCGUGACCGAGAGGCCGAACACGUCACGUACGAAAUUCAUCUUCAUCCCACCUACAGAGUCCCGUGUUUGUGGUUUACGCUUCACAACCUCCCGUCGGAUGAGCCCGCGUUGGACGUCGACACCGUCUUCCGCCACCUGGUCCCUGACGAAUUCAAGGAUGGCCUUCGGCGGGUGGGAGGAAUUGGUGGCAUUUCAGUGGAUGUGAGUACAGAUGCAUGCCACGCGUCGUUUGGCCGCCAAGGCUUGAAUCCCGCCCAUCGGUUCAUGCAAACAGCAGCCUCGCUGACAAGUGCAACUCCGUCGUAG